GAUGGAUAUCACUUAUUUAUUAUGAUUUUGCUUCCACCAUAUACGGAGGAAAUGCCUCUGAAAUGUCUUCUGAAGUUCAAUUUCGGUACUGUUCGUGGUUCUUUGUUUUCUGGGUGCUUCAUGUGUAACAGUGCUUACCCUUUGAGUAAAGUUUUGCCCUUUGUUUAAUUCAAGCAGUUUCUUUCCAAGCUGUGUAGACUUCAUAUUGUACCAAAGAUUUCUUCUUUCUUUUUUGUUUUCUGGGUCAGUAUAAUUCUGAAUGCUGCAAUUUUCUGAUAGAAUUUUCCCUCUCUGCCUCCUUUGGUUAUGUUAAUUGGGUAUAAUCUUUGUGUUUUGAGGCCUAUAGAAGCCUAUAUUCCGUCCCUAUUAAAAUUUAUUGUCUUCAGCAAAUUAGCCCUGUUGAUGAAUUUGUUGACUAGUUUAAAUUUUAAUUAUUUCAUUGUCGAUAUUUUAAUAUAUUUGACAGCAGCCAUGGAGCUUUCCUACUUUGGAUGCCAGUAAAACAGUUCCGGUAUCUCUUGAAUCGAAUGGAUAGUUUUCAGGCUCACUGUUUUGACCAAAUUGGGUCCCAUUAGAACACAGAAUUCAACUCAACAGAUCAAUCAACUGCAUAAUAAAAUAUCAAAGUUUGUUAACAAUGUCUUUUUCCUGUUUAAGAUUCGUGGGGGGUGGUCCAACUUUGAAUUGUGUUUGUAAUUCCAAGCUUUUCAAUUCAAUCAUCAGCAGUGGUGGAUUCACAUGUUUAUUUUUCUACAGGAACUAAAGUUGAAUGCUUGGCUGGUGUCCUCGCUUUUGUCUGAGGUGCUAUUGACCGUAGAUUUCUUGAAGCUUAAGAGGUUGAUUACCCUUUUAGAACCUGGAUGUUUUCCAUUUUGAUUCAGACUUCAUUGUUGAGCAUACCUCGAUAUGCUUGGACAAGGCCUAAGAAUUGCCUAUGCAAGCUUCUUUACCUGUGUAUAUCUUGGGUUCAUUGUUCACCCUAAUUAUGGCUCAGAAAUUCCAUUAGGCUCCGAGAUUUCAGUUUAUCAGAGCAACUAUUGGGUCUCCUCCAAUGGGAAUUUUGCCCUCGGGUUUUUUAAAACACUAGACCAAUAUCGGAUUGGAAUCCGGUUUGCUUCAAAGUCUAUUCCAAUAGAUAAGCAAACAGUGGUUUGGGUAGCUGGAGCAGACCUUACAGUGGGCAACAAGUCAUAUUUUCGUCUUGAUCGAAGGGGGAAUUUGAUCCUUUAUGAUUCCGAGUCAGAAGUAAUUGCUUGGUCGAGCAAAACUAGCAAGGCUUCUGUUGUGUCAGCUAUUCUUCAAGAUGAUGGGAACUUUGUCCUCCUGAACAAUGAAAGAAUUGUUGUUUGGCAGAGCUUUGAUAUUCCUUCUGAUACGCUUCUCCCUGGCCAGAACUUCUCUGUUUCACAUGUUCUUCGACCUCCUCGCCAGAAGUCUCUUUCCAGUUAUUAUAGCCUUUACUUAGAUACUUCUGGUCAGUUGCAACUUAGGUGGGAAACUAGUGUUAUUUACUGGAGGAGUGGAAAUCGUUCACGUUCUGCUUCUCGAGCACAGCUAAAUAACAAUGGAGUGCUGCAACUUCUUGACAAAGAGUCUGAAUCUAUCUGGUCCAUUUCGGGCGAGGAUCACAAGGAUUCAAAUAUAAUAUUCCGAUUCCUUAGGUUGGAUGCAGAUGGAAAUCUUCGGUUGUAUUCUUGGCAAAAUGCUUCAAGUUCUUGGAAGGCUGUAUGGCAAGCUGUCAAUGACCAGUGUGAUGUGUUUGCAACUUGUGACCUCCGUGGCAUUUGCAUCCUUAAUGAAACUGGCUCCAGUAUUUGUACUUGCCCGUUCAGGCAAGUUAGUGGGACUAACUCCAAAUGUUUGGUUCUCGAUGAAAAAUGUGAGUCUGGCUUUGACCUUUUACCUUAUGAGCAUACUAAUCUAUAUGGCAUUUAUCCACCUAACGAAACUGUCAUACAUACUAAUUUAGAAGAAUGUCAAAAGUUGUGCCUCGAAGAUCCAGUUUGCACAGCAGCAACAUUCAUAAACAAUGGUUCUGCUCAAUGUCGACUAAUGAAAACUAAUUAUAUCAGCGGCAAGUAUGAGCCUUCUUUGGAUUCGGUUUCUUUUGUAAGGACUUGUGCAGAUCCUAUUGCAGCAAAACCUGAUUUGCCGCCAGUGAGUGCUAGAAAAUCUGAGCCAAAGAUGCCACAGAAACUUUGCAUUCCUUGUAUCAUUGGAGUUUUUUCUGGAACAGUUGGUGUGGUUGUUGUCAUCCAGCUAGCUUUAGGAAUCUACCUCUUACGGAGAAAGUAUAUUGGAUCGAAAGCUGCUGAUUGUGGUUAUGUAGAUCCUAAUGCAAGAGGUUGUGUCAUGUUAUCAUAUUCUGAGAUCAGUGAGCUGACAGAUAAUUUCAAGCACCGGCUAGGUCCAAAGGUGUUUCGGGGUGUUCUUCGAGAUAAUCAGCUAGUGGCAGUGAAAGAGCUAAGUACCAGCAUGGAAGAAAGAAAGUUCAGAAGGUCAGUCUCAAAAAUCUCAAGUAUCUUUCACAAGAAUUUAAUAAAGUUGGAUGGUUACUGUUGUGAUUCAGGCCACAGACUUCUGGUGUAUGAAUUUGCGAAAAAUGGUUCACUUUGGAAUUGUGUUGAAGAUCCUAAACUUUGCAAGAGGUUGACAUGGAGAAAAAGGAUUGACAUCUGCUUGGCUGUGGCACGAGCCAUCUCUUACCUGCAUAACGGAUGUAGAGAGUUCAUAAGUCAUGGAAAUUUGAAAUGUGAAAAUGUUCUUUUAGAUGAAAACUUAGAACCAAAGGUGAGUGAAUAUGGCUUACAUGUAUUUCACAGUGAAAUGCCGGAUACUGAGAAAACUGCUGAGACAGAUGUUUUAGAUUUUGGGAAGAUGGUGGUGAAAUUGAUCACUGGAUGCCAAAAUGCCGACGAUGCUUGUGAAUGGGCAUACAGGAAAUGGAUAACGGAACAAAGUGUGAGCUUAGUUGAUACUCGAUUGCAAGGCACAGUGAAUUCAGAGGAACUGGAACGAGCAUUGAGAAUUGCAUUCUGGUGUUUACAGGUAGAUGAGCGAAUGAGGCCGUCGAUGGGGGAAGUUGUCAAGGUAUUAGAGGGUACAUUGGAUAUUGAUCCUCCACCUCCACUUCCUUAUCACAACCAUAUGACGCCAUCAAGACCGGAAUCUCAUGGACAACCUUAAAUGGAGUAACAGCUUUCAUCCCAUUAUUAGCUGCUUUCCCCUUCUUUUGUAAAGUUAACCAGCUUCGCAUCCAUGGUUGUAUCCUUCACAGUCUGAGCUCCUUGUAUUACUUGAAAAGUUCAGGUGAGCAUAUGCAAUUCUUUCACCGCUAAACUUUAAAGGAUUUGCAACCAUUUUGAGUAAUAGAGGAUUUCCUGAUGCAAUUACUCAGAGAUUCAUUCUUAGUUUAUGAUUUAUUUUUGUUCGUAUUUUUCCAUUACUAAAUAGUAACAUUUUGUAUGUGUGAGGUCAUGCAUCUCUACUGCAAUUCUACUUAAAAGAGUGAAAGGUAAAGUGAAUUCUCCAAUCUGAGAAUCACCGUGAUUGACUAGUCUGCGCAUAUAUAGAGAAAGUUACUGUACAUGACAGAGUAGC